GUACAAGAACUCCUGUGGCAGUUAGUGAGGUACUUCGGAGAACUGUUCCUGCAGGCGGAUCUUAUAAGGGGAAUCGAGCCUCCUGCAGUAGGGAACCAGAAGUCCCUGCAGAUGAGGUGGGAAAGGCGUCUCUCCGCUGUCCUCGACCCCUUGGCUUCUACGUAUGGCCUGCUGGUUCUUGGACACGGCCUGGAGAAUUUGCAUCAUAUGAAGCGGGGUCGGAGUCUGCACAGCUACGGAUCGCGAGACAAUAGCAUCUUCGAACGUCUGUACGAACUCUGCGAGCUCCUUGUUUGGAUCGUCUUCCGCCGCCGAGAUCGCCCCGUCGUGCACGCUGAGAUCACAAGGCUGUUCAGGGGCGAAGUGAACCUGGAACAGCAGCAGCAGCAGCAAUUGCAACAGCAGCAGCAACAGCACAGCCAGGUGUCGUAUCAUCAUCACUUGGACGACCCGCUCGAGCAGAGGCCGAAGCAUCGCAAGAAGGGGCCGUCGCUUUCGAAGGUCGUCCAAGAGAGCUCUGGGCUGAUGGUUCGCAAAGUCCCGGAGAUGUCACUCACCCAGACGAUCAGUUCUUCGCCAGAAGCGCUGCCUGCUCUCACCUACAACAAUGAAGACGACAUACUGAGUAGUCAAGGGUUAUGGCUGAUCGGGGCAAAAAGGGCAGAUCUGAACGAGUACUUGGAACCCGCUGUUCAAGAGAUAGAUCAACUGAGUUUGCUUGAUUAAAACAACUGUAUAUUAAUAGUUUCAUCACAUAAUUAAAAUGUAUACUGAUCAUUAAAAAAUCUGAAGUAAAA